GACAGCACAGGGAUGGGGGCACACAGCGGUGCCUGGGCAGAAAGAGGAAACGUAUGGUGCACAUGGAGGGUGAUGGGUGUGCGGGACCUUUUGGAGAUGACUGCUGACCUUUGGGGAGGUGGGGAGCGGGUACCUGAAUUUGACAGGUACUCGCUCUUACUUCCGCGGAGUUGUUCUUUGACCUUACCUGUUCCUCUAUCCAGCCGCGCGCUGUCUUCCCGGCUUCUGUAGUGUGGGCGUUGGGCUUGACAGCCGGGUGCCAAGUGCGCAUGCGCAAGAAGCGAUGCUUUUUGUGGAUGGUAAGGCGGUACCUGGGACACAUGACAGAUCCCAGAAGCCGCCAGACCA